GAGACGCUCCCUGCCAUUCAAAGUCCCCGCCAUUGCUCAGCAGUCGUUGUCGGAUCUCGUUCCAUGGACUCCUGAGGCCCUCACCAUCGCAAUCUGGUUGGAGUUGCUUGCAUCUACAUCGACGCUCGUCUCCCAAACCUCAGUCACCAUGACUGUCGCACGGCCGGUCCGGGCACUAAUAUUCUCGGCCGUGGUGCUCUGGUGCUUCUUUCUAUACCAGAUCUUUUCGCCGUCGUGGUCCCUCCGCGGGCCCGCCGAUCGUUACGUCAACUUCGAGCGGGAUCCCAAUCUAGACCCGACCGGAGAACCAGAAGGAACAUUGGUCCGCACGAACGAGAACUACGCCCCCGAUGCCGAGAAGUCCGACCGGAUCGAUGCCACCCUACUAGCGCUCGUGAGGAACGAGGAGGUGGAUGCCAUGGUCAUGUCGAUGCGAGACCUCGAGAGGACUUGGAACAACAAGUUCAACUAUCCGUGGACCUUCUUCAACGACGUACCCUUCACCGAGGAGUUCAUCAAGAAGACAAGCGCCGCGACCAAGGCCAAAUGCAACUAUGAACUGAUCCCCGACGAGCAUUGGGAUACGCCCUCAUGGAUCGACCACCAGCUCUACGAGGAGUCAACCAAGAUCCUGGAGAAGAACGGUGUGCAAUACGCCAAGAUGAUCUCGUACCACAAGAUGUGCCGUUGGAACAGCGGCCUCUUCUACAAGCACCCGGCCCUCAAAGACACCCGCUACUACUGGCGCGUAGAACCCAACGUCCACUUCUUCUGCGAUGUCGACUACGACGUCUUCCGCUACAUGCACGACAACAACAAGACGUACGGCUUCACCAUCAACCUGUACGACGACCCGAAGACGCUGCCCUCGCUGUGGCCCGAGACGGUCAAGUUCCUCGCCGAUCACCCAGACUACCUCCACGACGACAACGCCAUCAAGUGGGUGACGGACGACACCCGACGACCCCCUCACAACAAGGCCGCCCACGGUUUCUCUACGUGCCACUUCUGGAGCAACUUUGAGGUUGCCGACAUGGAGUUUUGGCGCAGCAAGACGUACGAAGACUACUUUAAUCACCUCGACCGCGCGGGCGGCUUCUUCUACGAGCGAUGGGGAGAUGCACCCGUUCACAGCAUUGCCUUGGGUCUGUUUGAAGACCGAAGCAAGAUCCACUGGUUCCGUGAUAUCGGCUACCAACACAUUCCUUUCUUCAACUGCCCCAACUCGCCCAAAUGCAGAGGCUGCGUCACCGGCCGUCUCACUGACGGCGAAGCCUUCCUUCACCGAGAAGACUGCCGUCCGAACUGGUUCGAGUUCGCUGGCAUGGGCUAAAUACCCAAUUGGUAUACUCAGCGUGACGAGUCGUUUUACUCGAAUGCCACAUUUCAAUCAGCUUCU